AUGGCCAGGUCCUUAAAGGAUGGACUCCUUCUCCAAGGUUAUUCGGACUUCAUAAACAGAAUCCAUGGUCAGAUUCCUCAGAUAACUUCAGAUGGAAAAAGACUGCAGGUUAUUGUGUGUUCUGCAACUCUACAUUCUUUUGAUGUGAAGAAACUGUCUGAGAAGAUCAUGCAUUUCCCCACUUGGGUUGACUUAAAAGGAGAGGAUUCUGUCCCAGAAACUGUGCACCACGUUGUUGUUCCUGUGAAUCCCAAAAGUGACAAACUAUGGGAAAGGCUUGGCAAGAAUCAUAUCAGGACUGAUGAGGUACAUGCGAAAGAUAAUACAAGGCCUGGUGUUAACAGUCCAGAAAUGUGGUCUGAAGCUAUUAAAAUACUAAAGGGAGAGUAUGCUGUUCGAGCAAUUAAGGAACACAAGAUGGAUCAAGCAAUUAUUUUCUGCAGAACUAAAAUAGACUGUGAUAACAUGGAGCAGUACUUUAUGCAACAAGGAGGAGGCCCAGAUAGGAAAGGACAUCAGUUCUCAUGUGUCUGUCUGCAUGGUGACAGAAAACCUCAUGAAAGAAAACAAAACUUGGAAAGAUUUAAGAAAGGAGAUGUCAGAUUCUUGAUCUGCACCGAUGUAGCUGCUAGAGGAAUUGAUAUUCAUGGUGUUCCUUAUGUUAUCAAUGUCACGCUUCCUGAUGAAAAGCAAAACUAUGUUCAUCGAAUUGGGAGAGUAGGCAGAGCUGAAAGAAUGGGUCUGGCGAUUUCCCUCGUGGCAACAGAAAAAGAGAAGGUGUGGUAUCAUGUUUGUAGUAGCCGUGGAAAGGGUUGCUAUAAUACCAGGCUGAAAGAAGAUGGAGGUUGCACUAUAUGGUACAAUGAGAUGCAGUUGCUGGGUGAGAUUGAAGAGCAUCUGAACUGUACUAUUUCCCAAGUUGAGCCAGACAUAAAAGUACCAGUGGAUGACUUCGAUGGGAAAGUUACAUAUGGACAAAGAAGAGCUGCAGGCGGUGGAACCUAUAAAGGCCAUGUGGAUAUUUUGGCACCUACAGUACAAGAGUUGGCUGCCCUUGAAAAGGAGGCUCAGACAUCUUUCUUACAUCUUGGCUACCUUCCUAACCAGCUGUUCAGAAUGUUUUGAAUGUGCCACGCUUUAGGCAAGACCUUGAAUAAUAAAAUAAGCUCCACAUUGAAAAUACUAUAAUCUUGUGCUGCCUCUCGGCAGUAGUAUUUACAAUAACUCUUAAAAACAAGGCACUGUUCCUGCAUGUCAAGGAACCCUGUUCAAGAAUGUCGACGCCCAUGUUUUAGCUGUCAUAAAUGUUGGCCUAAUAAAAGAGAACUAAUCUAAA